AGGCGACAUGUUCCUCACGGGCACUUCUUCCGUUUGUCAGCGGACUCCUAACGGAUAUCAGCGGUACAAGUAAAGCUGCACUGUUCUGCUAUCAGGUUUACUUAAGUCCUGAAGACAGCAUGGGAAGAACAGUUUACAAAAAAACAAGUGGUCUAAAAUCACAAGAAUACAGAGAAUAAGCAAGAGAGAAAGAGGACCUCUUUGUGUACAUGAAGUCUUCUCUGAGCACACAGAGGUCUGAUCAAGGCUGAAGAUGGUCUGAUGGACCGGCGCUUCUUACUGACAUUAAUCUUUUGUUCAGUCUCAUGGAUUUUCUUUUGGGAACUGCGCUGGAAGAAGAGCAAGGAAAGUCAGAUUGAAGAAUGGCUCCAAGGCCAUAGUCUGUCCGAAUACAAGCAUUUAUUUGAAGAUGUGCAGUCUCUGGAGGAGUUGAGUCUGAGUGUCCUGACGCGUUUGGAGGAGGUGGUGAAGGAACGGCGGCGCUGGAGAGACAUCGCUGAAGCCAACGUCCGUCUGCUCAGAGACUUUGCCUUUCAGGAGUGGCUCUGCUCCCAAAGCCUCGAGCACUACUACCACACUCUGAAGACCCUGGGAUGCACUAAUCUGGAUGACCUAGCCCAGUUUGACAGCCAGCUUCAGCUCUCUCUGGCAGCCUGGGGCUAUUACUACGAAGACUACAUCAAGCUUUCCACAGGCGUAAAGGUCCUUCAAGCGUCCCGGGGCAGCCGAGACCAGGACUACGAGAUUCAGCUGGUGCACACCCUUGCUGAGAGACGCCUGAAUGAGAAGUGGUCCAUCGCCGGAGCGCUGAUAUUCGGCUGUACUGUCGCUCUGUGCUUUUUGAUAAGGGACCUCAUGUUUUACAUGAUUGGUGGAAUAACCGUUUCCAUCAUCGCAUUCGUAUUUAUCAUCAAGUUCCUCUGUGAGCUCGCAGCACGUGUGGUCAGCUUCCUGCAGAGUGAGGACCCUGGGCGUCAUGGCGACCGCAGCAUUUACGACUAUGUGCGGGGGAACUACUUGGACCCACGCUCCUGCAAAGUCACCUGGGACUGGAAGGAGCCUCAAGAAGUGGGCCAGACCAUGAGCUUCCGUGUGCAGCUCUUCUAUAAGAACGGCCAGCCAUUUCCAGCUCACAGACCUGUUGGUUUGAGGGUAAACAUCACUCAUAUAGAGCUGGCUCUGGAUAUUCCUGUCACCCAGGAAAUUCUUCUGGAGCCCGAGUCCAACGUGGUGAAAGUGACCUUCACUGUGCGCAAGGCGGGCCGCUAUGAGGUGGCAGUGAAACUUGGGGGGCUCAAUGUAGCAUACAGCCCCUAUUAUAAAAUAUUUCAACCAGGGAUGGUGGUGCCAUCCAAAACAAAGAUCGCAUACCACUUUUCAACUCUGGUGCUGACAUGCGAUCACCCACACACACUGCAGAUCGAGCCUCGAGACGAGUAUGGAAACCCUACAAGUAACUCUGACUCUCUCUUGGAUGAAAUCAACUACAGUGUGCAUAUACACUCAUUGGGGACUCUGGAAGAGGACAGCUCUGAAGAUUACUACAGCGUGAAUAUCUGUUGUAAUAAGCCUCAGUGUCAGGUUUUGCUGCGGCUCACUCUGAAGAAAAAGGGCUGCUUCAGGGCACGUAUUACUUACAGGGACCAGCCUCUCAGUAACGGAGAGUUUGACAUCAUUGUGCUUAGUGUGAAUGAGACUAACUGUGUGGAGAAGAAUGUGUCCACUCCAGGAAUAAGCAUCUACUUCGAGGCCUACCUCUACAGUACAGGGAACUAUAACAGCUCUGCCUGGCAGUUCCCUGCAUCCUCUCUGCUCACCCCACCACGCCGGCCAUCCACGGGUGAUGAUGAGGAGGAGCAUGACUCUCCAGUCGAGGGCCAACCGGAGAAGGUCAAGAAACCAAAAAAGGUCUACUGCUACAUAUCACCAAAGCAACUCUCCGUGAAGGAGUUUUAUCUGAAGAUUAUUCCAUGGCGCCUUUUCACAUUUCGUGUGUGUCCAGGUACAAAGUUCACCUACCAUGGGCCUGACCCAAUCCAUAAGUACCUGACUCUGGUGGUACAUGAUGGGAUCCAGCCUCCUAUAGAACUAUGCUGCAAGGACAGGAACAUUAUGGCAGCCACAUUUAUCCGCUUCCUGCACAAGAACAUUGGAGGUUCAGAAACAUUUCAGGACAAGGUGAACUUUUUCCAGAGAGAGCUCAGGCACAUUCAUUCCAAGAGGCUCCGGUUUAAAACCUGCCUAAAGAUCAGCCGCCACUCCAUUCUUGAUUCCUCUCUAAAGGCCACCAGAAACUUCUCUGUAUCUGACUGGAGUAAGAACUUUGAGGUUGUGUUCCAGGAUGAAGAAGCUCUCGACUGGGGCGGGCCAAGGCGCGAGUGGUUCGAACUCAUCUGCAAGAAUCUGUUCGACACCAAUAACCAGCUCUUCACACGUUUUAGUGAUGAUAACCAAGGGCUGGUCCACCCGAACCCAGAGCGUCCUGCUCAUCUGAGGCUGAAGAUGUACGAGUUUGCAGGGCGCGUGGUGGGAAAGUGUUUGUACGAGUCGGCUUUAGGAGGAGCGUACAAGCAGCUGGUACGAGCCAGGUUCACCCGCUCAUUCCUGGCCCAGAUCAUCGGCCUGCGCAUGAACUACAAGUACUUUGAGACCGACGAUCCGGAGUUCUACAAAACAAAAGUCUGCUUUAUCUUAAAAAAUGAUGUGAGCGAAAUGGAUCUUGUAUUUGCUGAGGAAAAGUACAGCAAGUCAGGACAACUGGAAAAGGUGGUGGAGCUGAUACCAGGUGGUGCUCAAAUUGCCGUCACUAACGAGAAUAAGAUGCACUACCUGAAUCUGCUGGCUCAGUAUAGACUGGCCAGUCAGGUGAGGGAUGAAGUAGAGCACUUUCUUAAAGGUUUAAAUGAACUUGUUCCUGAGAACCUUUUGGCCAUAUUUGAUGAAAAUGAGUUGGAGCUGCUGAUGUGUGGUACUGGGAAUAUCAAUGUGCAGGAUUUUAAAGCCCAUGCUGUUAUUGUUGGAGGUUCAUUGCACUUCAGAGAGAAGGUAAUGAAGUGGUUCUGGGCUGUGGUGUCCUCCUUCACUCAGGAAGAACUUGCACGUCUUCUUCAGUUCACCACGGGCUCGUCUCAGCUCCCUCCUGGUGGCUUCAACACACUCUGCCCCUCCUUUCAGAUCAUAGCAGCACCAACACACAGCAGCCUGCCAACUGCACACACCUGUUUUAACCAGCUGUGCCUCCCUACCUACGACUCCUACGAGGAACUGCACAAACUGCUGAAGCUGGCCAUCAGUGAGGGCAGCGAGGGCUUCGGCAUGGUGUGACCACACACUGGCUCUGACUUUUUUUGGAUACCAUAAAAGGAAUUUCUUUUUCUGUGUCUUCUCUCCAACGGGUGAGCUGCUGUAAAUGAGCCAACGCACCUUUCAUCCUCCAAUAACAGACCUCUUAGCUAAAGCCCACAUGGAUGUCCAGAUUUUUCUCUUUCAAGCAGGAACUUCACAUGAUCCUGAGUUGCCUUUGGUUUAUUCCACUGGAUGCUGGAGCUAUGUAAAUAUGUAAAUCUUUUGGGGUUUUUUUGUACCGUUUAACUGAAAAAAAAAACAACAAAAAAACGGAAGAUCCAUGUUGCGUUUUAUUCCAGAUGGUACGAUUGUUUCGUUUUAUGUGAGUUUGUUCAGUCAUCGAACUAUGAAGCUACUAUCACAUUUGGCAUUAACAAACCUGGGAACAUUUACAUGAAGUGUAGCAGCCUAUAAGAUGUGUGGAUCAACGACACACUCACUGCACUUUGGCCUUAACCGAUCAGGGAAGGUUAAUUAUUUUGCAAGUUGUAUAUAUAAAAGUUGUAAUUGUAUCUUGUGAAGUUGAGAUGCUUCUUGAUUCUCACUUGGCACUUUUUGGUUAUGUAGUUGUUUCACAUGUAUAUCAGAUAGCAUAAUGUAACACUGUGUGUGUGUGUGUGUGUGUGUGUGUGUGUGAAUAGAAAAACCUGCAUUGCAAAAUAAGAGGAGGAGGAGGAGAAGGAGCAGUACUAUAUUAUAAGACCUACUGGCCAAUUACAAAUCUCUGGGCAACCGCUAUGCAUUUUAGAGAGAGCUAGUGAGUCUAAUUUAUGAAAAGCAGUUUCAUUUAUUUCAUUUAUGUAAGGUUUUUAGGCAAGUUUGCCUUGACAUGAACAUCAUUAUUAGACCAGGACAAAAGAUAUUUCAGUUUUUGCUUUGAUUUUGUUAUUGCUUAAUUUCUGUUUUCUAUAUAUAGUAUGUGACCUUUAUUUAUUUGUAACUUAUUCCCAUUGACCAAAUUAUCCUGCAAUAUUAUAUUUGUGUUGAUGAAAUAAGUGUUCUACAAAAACAAACGAGGCUAAAAGCCAGGUGGAUGCAUUUAAGUUUGUCAAAUGCAACGAAUUCUCCCCUCAACUUUGUUUCCAGUAACUCAAACUGGAUAAAUACUAUUUUCAACUUUUCAUAUUCAUAGUUUAACCAAGUAUUUAAAGAAGUGCAUCAAAGUUUGUAUCAUAUCGCUGACUGUUUAUUAAAGAAAAAAUGCUGGUACAUAUGCACUAUCCAGGAAAAUGACCUCUAAGUGAUUGUUCUGGAAGUCAGUAAUUGGGUGCAGCUUCUCACAUGACUGGAACAUUGCAUCUUGAGUUUCAUGUUAAUGAGAGUGCUCAUUUACAAAGCUUACACACCGCUGUCAAAGUGUGUCCUAACGUGGACUGUCCGUUCUGUCAUCCUAUGUAACUAUGCUUCAAAUCAAAACACAGCUGCUGUUAACUUUGGCGCUCGUGUCCGCUUGAAUAAUUCAUAAAGAGUUGUGUCAUACAGGAUGCAUUUUAACCAUGGAUCCUGACGUUAAGCAGCAGAACGUUUCAAACUUUUAGUCACCCUCCACCCUUUAAUGCCACAAUGAAACUUUUCAUAUGGUCUCGUUUUAGAUAUCGUGUCCUUUGACCUUGGAUAUACAACACAGCCGCGAAAAUCCCAGGGUGCGGCUGGACUGAGAAUGAAAUCACCGUGUAUGCGUCUGGCUGUGGAUAUUGGUGAUGACCUCAGUCACCAUCACCUAAAUAAAUUAAAGCACAGUGGCUGAAAAGCAUCCUGUGAUUUUGUUCGUCUUGGCGCCGCUGGGUCAUUUUGUGGCUGCCAGUCGAUCAGGAGGGGCAAAAUGAGACGCAAACGUGACCUUUACCUCGGCUUAGAGCAUCCUGCUGUCUUCACUUACCUUUAGGUACAGGGCAUUUGAGUUUUCUUACUGGUUUGAUGGUGCGAAAUAAUGCAUUAUAAAUUUAUGUGUAUAUAUGUAAUAUAGAUGACAAUAGCUUGGGGUUGAUUUAUUCUGGGUUUUUCUUGUGUGUGGAGAGGCCUGGUUGCUCUCACCUGCAGUUCGAAUGUUUUCCGGCACUGUUCCGAUGGUUCCUUCAUUGGAUGCUUUCUUAUUUAUGUGACAAAAUAAAUAAAAAAAAUAUGGGAAAGUCACCUCUUUCUUUUACUUUCUGGUGUUUUUAUGGAUUUGUGUAAAAAUAUUCUGUAUAUUUUGUUAUCCUAAUACACUGUAGAUUAUUUUUAUACUAUUUGAUCCAUGUGCAGUGGUGGGCAAAAUUUAAAAAAUCAUGUACUUUAAGUAGAGAUAUCACAGGUAAAAUAUUACUCAAGAAAAAGUGAAAGUUCUGCAUUUCUAUUUGUAAGGUACAAAGUGUUGUUGUCAGCAUCUUAAACAAUCUGAAUUCCUGCUAAGUAUUCAUGAAGGGAAGGUGAAUCAUAAAAUUACAUUUAAUAGUCAGCAGGUGGUGAUAUUACCUUUUCAAAUGUUACACUCCAUUAUGCUUAAGUAAUGCAACGCCAUGUACAAGUACAGAUUUUUGUUGUAGGAUGUAAUGAAAAUAACAGUAAAAAGUACAGAUACAUGAAAAUUGUACUUGAUUACAAAAAAAAAAAAGGAAAUUUACUUAGUUACCUUCCACCGCUCCUUUCACAUGAUUAAUGGUGGAAAGGUAAAAUUUUUACAUUUGGGAUGUUGUUUCAUUCAUUUACUCAUUCAUUCAUUUAUUCAUUCAUCUUAAUUCUUAUGCCUGGUCAGAAUCAUGGUGGAUCUGGAGCAUAUCCAGGAACGCUGGGUGUGAGGUGUGGGCACAUCAUGGACAGUGCAGUGUACGCGCUCAUUCAUGGCAAGGGACAAUUCUGAGUAACCAGUUCAUCUAGUGGUGUGUUCCUGAGUAUUAGGAGCUACACUAACUUACUGUAGAACACUUUGCAUAAUGUAGCAUUUUAGGCAUAACCUGUUGGCACUGCUGUUUUUUGUUACACAUGUUUGGGUUUAAAAUGUUUUACUAAUGUCUAUGAUUCUUUCAUAUGCUU